AUGGGUAGGAAACGUCGUUGGGGAGGGUCUGUCUUUGGUCACAAGAUAUACAAGCGUGAUCGGGCGGCUGCAGAGUGCCUUUUGAUGCUGAAGUAUUUUGAUGAAGAAUCAAUAUUCGAGGAUGAUCAAUUUCGCCGAAGGUACCGAAUGAGGAAGCCUCUUUUCCUGCACAUUAUUGAUGAACUCACAACGGAAGAGUACUUACGAUCACCAAGACAACAUGAAAUUGAAGAGAUGAUGAGAUCAAAUGCAGCGCGAGGGUUCCCUGGCAUGAUUGGAAGCAUCGACUGCAUGCAUUGGGAGUGGGCUAAUUGCCCAAGUGGUUGGCAUGGCGUCUACAAGGGACAUAAGGGCAAUCCUACAAUGAUUCUAGAGGCUGUUGCUUCAGAAGACUUGAGGAUAUGGCACGCCUUCUUUGGGCUCCCUGGGUCUCACAAUGAUAUCAAUGUCUUGAAUCGAUCACCUGUCUUUGAUGAUCUUGCCAAUGGCAAUGCCCUUGAAGUUGAAUUCACUGUGAAUGGUAACAUCUAUUCGAUGGGCUACUACCUAGCAGAUGGGAUAUACCCUGACUAG